GAUGAAAAAGAUUUGUUGGAAGUGAAUACUUUUUGGAAUAAUCGUGAUAUAGAACUAGAAAGGAAGAGAAAACUCUGGCAGAUAGAGUCUUCGGAUUUGGACUAUAUAUACACACGAGACCAACAACUAGAAAAGCAUAUUAAGGUUAUUCGAGAAAAUAGGGCGACAGUUGAGCAAACCCAAAGUCAGCUUUCUAAGGCAAAUGUAUCUGUAAUGGAUCUCUCAAGUAUUUUAAAUGAUCCGGGAGAUUCUUAUCCUAUAAUUAAUGGCUCAGAUGACGAUAUUACAUCAUCUAUUUUAAAUGAUCCGAGAAAUUCUUAUCCUAUAAUUAAUGGCUCAGAUGACGAUAUUAUAUCAUCUUCUGGAAAUAGCGAAGCACAGUCACAAGACUCACCAGCGACUACGUUAUCUACAUGUGAAUCGAAUAACAACAAAACUGUUAAUAUGAAAUCAAUGAGUAGUAUGCCUUUUGAAUCGACAGCCAAAGGAAGAAAGUAUAUUAACCAUGAUCUAGCAGACGAGGUGUUAAAGUCAUACCAAAUACACAUUCUUCCCGAUCACAAACUAAUAUACGAUAAUGUUGAUGUUAUGGAAUUCGCACGCUCAAUCAUGAAAGCCACGAAAAAAAAAUCAG